UGAUCGUGUUCGGUAGUGAAAUUGCAUUUUUUUUUAGGUGAAAAUACAGAUUGAGUGAUUUUGUGAAAAUGGGGGAUGAAAAUGAAAAUUCAUGCGACAAGUUCGACGACGUCAAGCCCGACAAAAUGUUCACCCUUAAAAAGUGGAAUGCAGUGGCAAUGUGGAGCUGGGACGUGGAGUGCGACACCUGUGCAAUCUGCCGGGUUCAAGUCAUGGACGCUUGCCUUCGCUGCCAGGCCGAGAGCAAAAAGGAUACCCUUGGACGCCAGGACUGUGUCGUAGUUUGGGGUGAAUGCAAUCAUUCGUUUCAUCACUGCUGUAUGUCGCUGUGGAUCAAGCAGAACAAUCGCUGUCCACUCUGCCAACAGGAAUGGUCCAUCCAGAGAAUGGGCAAGUAGACUGUUUGACUCAACAAUGAAGGAUGAACCUAGGAAUCUUCGUAAAAUUUGAAAAUCUCAUUAGCAUUUGGUUAUAGUUUUCAUUAUUCAGUAAUUUUUUGU